AUGAAUAGUCCAAAGCAGGUUGACAUGCUUCGUUGCUGGAAGUGCAGAAAAUAUGUAGCGAAUUCUGGUUGUCUUGUGAAAGACCAAACAACAGAUUUAUUUGAUAAACCUCACUCUUCAGCUGCCCAUCAGGAUGUCUGUAAUGUAUGGCACAUGAAAGUGGAAGCUCUUCCAGACUGGGUGACCAAUGAAAUAGCAAAGGCAGAGUGGACAACGGGAAAAUUGAAUUGCCCAUUCUGUGGGGCCCAUCUGGGGGGCUUUAACUUUGUCCAUAAUACAAAAUGCUCUUGUGGCCGUUUUAAAAAUAUCCAUCUCUGCAAGAGGCAGACUGACUGCCAGAAAGCUAGUCCAGUUACACUAAAACACUUGUCAUUUUGUAAAGCUCAGCCUAGUUUUAACAAGGAAAUGUGGCAGAGUGUGACAGGUGGAACUUUGGGAAAUCAAGGACUUUCAUACAUGGCCAAAAAUAACUCCAGCAUUGGAAGAUUAAUGGAGGCACUUUGCCUAGAGGUGAGAUCAACCAGCUUUGAGAUGAAUGGUAAAAAAUUACACUUCAAAGUGUCUUAUCCAAAAACAAGUCUUUCAGCUUCACUGGCUGUGAAUGACAGAUGCACUGUAAGAGCUUUUCAUAGAAAAUCUCAGAGUUUGGAUCUGAACUUCAGAGAGAAGCUUGUCUUGUCGCCUACUUUAUAUGGAAGUUCCACUACCCAGAGACCUUUUUUCUCCAGGCAACAUGAAACACAGCCCUUUUACACAAAGGGUUGCAUACAAUUAAAGUUCAACAGAACACAUAAUUAUUUUAACUGCCCUCUUAAAUCAGAUAUUGGUGAGCUUCCAACAAGUUUUUCAGUUACCGCCUACAGUGUAUUAGCUCAAGAACAGACUGAAUUUAAGAACAGUUUAGAAGCUUCCAAACACUAUAUUGAGAAUGCUACUCCUGACCAGCAUUCAUACCUGACAUCAUCAGAGAGGACUGCAAAAGAUUAUGUUGGACAGCAGCCUCUUAGUCUUCUACACCCCAUGGCAACUGAGGACCAAAAGUUGAAUAAAAGAAAAAGAAUCAGAUUAAACAGUUUGAGGAGAAAACAAAGUUGGAAAGAGAGGCGGCGACAGAAGUGGACUAUGAAUGAUAAUGUGAAUACAGACGAGGUGCAUGAACAAAGAAGAGAUAAAGAAAGUUACCUCUGUGCGGUGUGCCUGGAUGUUUAUUAUAAUCCUUACAUGUGCUACCCGUGUCACCAUAUCUUCUGUGAACCUUGCCUGCGCACACUCGCCAAAGAUAACCCAACCAGCACUCCAUGUCCUUUGUGUCGCACUAUAAUCGCCCAAGUCUAUUUUCAAUCAGAACUGAACAAUUACACAAAAACUCGCUUUCCUAUGGAAUAUUUGAAAUUAAAGGAAAAUUUUCAAGAAUCAAGUUUAGUAAACUGGCCCCUCCCCAGCUGCAAGAAAGCUCUUAAAGUUAUUGAAGGUUUUCAGAGGAGCACUGAUUCCUUUACACGAAGGCAUUUCCCUCAUGCUGCUCACAGGAUGGAUUAUAUGGACUUUGAGGAUGAUAGCCGAGGAUGGCGGUUUGACAUGGACAUGGUGAUAAUCUACAUUUAUUCUAUCAAUUGGGUCAUCGGAUUCAUUGUCUUUUGUUUUCUCUGCUAUUUUUUCUUUCCCUUUUAAGGUCUUGCAUUUCUUAUUUUUUAACAAAUAUUUUUGACAAGAGAACACAUGUACACACAGAUGUAAAGAAUGCACGAGACUUGAAGCUUGUAGAAAAUUGACUGAACUAUAUAGCAAGCAUAACCUCAAUGUCUUUUUCGUUUGUAGAUAGGCUGAAUAUUUGAAAUUUGUUCAGACUGUAACGUGAAGGAUCACUUGUAUGUAGAAAAGAAUACUUUUUAUGAUGCUUGCUUAGGGGGCACACAGUUUGCUGAUCUGCACUUUCUUUUUGUUGCUGGGAAGCUGCACACAAAGAGUCACUCAUGUAUAUUAAUCAGUCAGUAGCUUCAUCAUCAAAUGAUGAACAUCAUGAAUUAAUCGGCCAUUAUGGAUCAAAUGCCACAUACAGCUCUUUAAUAUCACCUUAAACACAAUGCUUUUUGAUGGAGGCAGUUCACACAUGUUUUCAAUGAGUCAUCAAAUGAUGAUAUUAACUAUUAAGUGAUGAUUUUGCAUGUGUGAAUCUGCCUGAUGAGCAUUUCUUUGCCAGCACUUGAGAGUACGACUGCUUGCCUGUUAUUGUAAAGUCCAUUUAACUCAGAUUCAUAAAAGUAUGCAGAAUUGUGACAAACUGCAUGUAUGAGUGAACAAUCUAAGAAAAAGCACCCAGUCAGGAAUUUCAUGUAUUGCCUCAGCCACAAAGCUGUUCAGUGGAGUCUUUCCAUCAUGGCAAUAUCAAAUAAUAUGAAAAGGAACCUGUUGGGCACCAGGAACCAAGCAAAGUGAUAGAGCAGUUUUGGUUGCCAGAGCAACUGUAAGAGAAGCACCCCAAAUACCAGAAUCAGCCAGAGGUGGAUCAUGCCUGAGUUGCCAAGGCAGUAGUAAUGCUCCCAUGGAUAACAGAAAUUCUUGAUAUCUUGCCACAGUGGGAAGAACUUACAAGAGUAAGUUCUGCCUAUUUAAGGUCAGGAAAUUAAACCCAGGAGGAAAUGGCAAGAAUAGGAACCACUCCUGGGAAAAGGGGGAGAGCAAGAAGAGUGACAUCCCCCCCUCUCCCAGCUCUGCAUGUUUCAGACCAUAGGGGAGGCAACUGGAGAACAAGAUAAACACUGUACCAAACAUUGACAAAGGAGAGGGCCCAGCACCCUUAAAUAAUGGUGAAGUAUAGGACCACGUUCACCCAAAUUUGCAGUUGGAAGCUCUGAGUGCAGCAAGAAAGAUGUCUAUCAGUAGGGAUUCGUCCUAGUUCAGGCAGUGGCUGAACAAAAGGAGAAACUGCUGCAUGAUCUAUAUGAGUGUAUAAGAAGUAUCAUAUAGAGAGACUCACAGCCAGGCACCUCCUUAAGGGAUGGGUAUCAGGCCGGCCAGCCCUCUUCUUUCUAGAUCACAAAUUGGACAGUGAUGUAGAUGUUGAAAGU